AUGACGACCCGCUCGCCCUCGUCCCCGCUCCGGCUCGCACUCGUCCUCCUCCUCGUCGCACUUGCCGCCGCAGCCACCGCCGUCGAUGCAUCGCCAGACCGUCUGCAGCGACGCCAGAGCCUCACUUCCACCGCCGGCAUCCCCGCCACUCCCAACGUCGGCACGGGCGCCCCCGUCGCCACGAUCCCAGACGGCCUCGGCGGCCUCUCGACGGGCACCUCGGUCCAGUUCACGCCCGGCGCCUCGUCGCCCGCCCCUCCCGUCCCCUUUAUCGCCCCGACCGAUGCGGCCGGAUCGGCCAGCCUCGCCUCGAUCCUCACCCAUUACUCGCAGGGCAUGACGGCUCCCACGCCCACCACUGGCCCACCCACCGGCAUCUCGACGGGCCUCGAGGGCGGCUUCACGGGCACCGCCACUUCGAGCGUCCUCGACGGCCGCGUCACGACCAUCGACAACGCCGCCACCACCUACACCGGCCCGCGCCCGAGCUCCUCGGCUUCGGGCGCAGCCGCCAACAACGCAGCCGCCGGAGCCACGGCCGUCCCGCUCUUUGGCGCCGCGUGGGUCCUUUCCGGCCUGCUCGUCGUUGCCGCAGGCCUCGGCGGCGGCGCCAUCCUCUUCUGA